AUGCUUUCCCAAAUCACUGCCUUCCUCGCUCUCGGAGCCAUUGCUCACGCAGCACCAGCUCCAGUUCCAGCAACCGCUGCUACCGGUGCUGGCGCCCACAGUGUACCAGCAAUCCACAACCCAAACCACGUUCGCAAUGGUACCGCUGCUUUGCUCAAGGCAUAUGCCAAAUACCACAUCCAGCCCACUCAGCCAAUGUCUGAUGCGUUCAUGUCGGCACUCCGCAAGAGACAAGACUCCUCCGUUACUGCUACUCCAGCAGAUGCUGCUGAGUACCUCAUCCCAGUUACCGUUGGAGGUCAAACUCUCAACCUUGAUUUGGACACUGGUUCAGCAGAUUUAUGGGUAUUCUCCUCUCUCCUCAGCUCCUCCUCCCGCUCAGGUCACGACAUCUACACCUCCAGCAAGAGCAGCACAUACAGAUCUCUUUCAGGUUACUCUUGGGACAUUUCAUAUGCCGAUGGAUCCGGAGCCAGUGGUGUUGUAGGUACCGAUACCGUUACUAUCGGUAAGACUACUGUCACCGGCCAAGCAGUCGAACUUGCCAACCAAGUUUCUUCUGAAUUCGUCAGCGACGCCUCCGAUGGACUUGUCGGUAUGGCUUUCAGCAGCAUCAACACUGUUUACCCAAGAUCUCAAUCCACCUUCUUUGACAACGCUAUCAGCUCGUUGAACUCCCCACUCUUCGCUGCUUACCUCCCAGUCAACGCUGACGGAGCAUAUGAUUUCGGAUACACUGACUCCAGCAAAUACACCGGAAGUCUCACUUACACCUCAGUCAGCUCCGGAAACGGUUUCUGGGAAUUCCCAUCUACCUCCUACAAGGUUGGCUCCGCCGUCCACAGCUCAAACGGUUACACCGGUAUUGCCGACACCGGAACCACUCUCAUCCUCAUGAGCGAUGCUACCAACAGCGCCUACUAUGCUCAAGUCAAGGGUGCUUCCUACUCCAACUCGUACGGAGGAUACGUUUUCCCAUGUAGCGCCACUCUCCCAACCUUGUCCUUCAAGAUCGGCAACACAUACGUUACCAUCCCAUCUGAGCUGUUGAACUACGGAGUUGCAAGCGGAAACACCUGUUACGGUGCUCUCCAAAGUGCUGGUGGCGGUUCCCAAAACAUCUACGGUGAUGUUUUCUUCAACGCUUACUACGUCGUCUUCGACAAGUCUGGACCUUCUUUGGGUUUCGCUCCAAGCGUUUCCGCAUAA